GUAUCAUCAGUAUCAUUAGUUCAGUAAGUACUUAAUACGUAAUUACGUGUCGAAAAAUAUGUUCAGAAAACAUCGUGCAAAACACCCUAAAGUAAUACAGAACAACGAGUUAAAAAGUGAAAGAGACAGAGUGCCAGAAUCGCCGGUUACGCCGGUAUCGAAAAAUUCUCUGCAAUUCUACUGCCAGUUAGCCCAUGGCAGUCCAACUGGUUUCGUAUCUGGUUUCACCAACAUCAAGGAAUUAUACGAGAAAAUCGCCGAAUCAUUCGGUAUUCCAGCUUCAGAAAUAUUAUUUUGUACGUUAAAUAGCUACAGAAUCGAUAUGUCGAAAUUAUUAGGAGGGCAAAUAGGCUUAGAAGAUUUCAUUUUUGCCCAUUGCAAAGGUAGACCUAAAGAAGUCGAAUUAACGAAAACAGAAGACGCUCUAGGUCUAACAAUAACCGAUAACGGAGCUGGUUAUGCUUUUAUUAAAAGGAUAAAAGAGGAUUCUAUAAUACAAAACAUACCGGUGAUAAAAAUCGGAGACCACAUCGAGAAAUUAGACGGAAUCAGUAUGGUUGGAAAACGACAUUUCGACGUUGCCAAAGCUUUAAAAAAUAUCCCUAAAGAUACGACGUUCACCAUACGACUCGUGGAACCUUUACAAAGCGGUUUCGCGUCUAUAGCUCCGAAGUCAUCUAAAGGAAUAGCUGGUAAGAAAAAUGUCGGUAGUGGUAAAGAAACUUUACGAUUCAAAGCCAAUGGUAGCGCGGAAAUUCAAGAACAAGACGAUAUCAUGGACAUCGGUUUGGAGAAAAUCAACGGCGUUUUAGAAUCUUUUCUAGGAAUCAACGAUUCAGAACUUGCAGCUCAGAUAUGGGACAUGUCUACAAAUAAACAAAACUCCAUGGACUUUGCCGAAGCUGUUGACGAUUCCGAUUUAGCCAGUUUCCAGUUUACCGACGAUGUUAUCAUAGAACUGUGGGGCGCGAUCACAGACGCUCGACAAAAAAGGUUGUAAUAUUAUAUAUAUUUAGAAUUAUUUAUAUAUUUAUAAUUAUUAAAUGUAAAUUAUUCUUGUAUUUCGAUAUUGAUAAUGACAGAUGACACUUUUGAAUCGAUUCUAAAACGUUUUGUUCAGAACAUAACCUCAAAAAGUACUUGUAUAUCGUAGUUAGUCUACUUCUAUAUCAUUCUUUAGGUAUCCCAUCACCAUGGGAUAUUUGUUUUUACGUUUUUACGUCUUACAUCCUGAAUAACUUCAGAAAAUCAUUUAUACACCAUAAGGUUGUCUAAUGAGAAGUCCUUGGAUCACGGUACAAGGAUCAAAAUCAGCUGAUUUUGAUAUAAAUUUGACAUUGUGUUGAAAUUGCUUAUUAUGUUAUCUCAAAAAAUAAGCUUAGGUACAUUAUAAUAGAAUAAAAAGUGAUGUUUUUUUGUUGUUACUCUGAAAAUUUAAUUCUUUAUAACAAAUAUAUUAACAAAUUCACGGUUUUUUUGCAACAAUCUCAUUUUUUAUUGAAAACUUGAACACUAUUAACCUGAAAAAAUCUACUAAUACAUUUUCUUGCAGACAAUUGAAUUCUAUACGAAAAUUUUUUUUGUAAAUCGUUUUCACGUAAUUAUAAAAACGAAUUUUAAAACUGACAUUACAAACAAUUCGAAUUUUUUUAUUAUUCUUUAAAAAUUUUUUGAUAUUGACCUUGUUACAAGUAAUCUAUUUUUGACAGAUGAAACUUUCAAGGUCAUGUUUAGAUAGUCUUUAGAGAAAAUAGCAGUACAAAUAGUUUGAAAAAUUGUAACCAAUAUAGAGACUUAAUUUGAUUUUAAAUGUCGUUAUACGAAAAACGACGUUUACUUUGUUUAUUUCUUAUCUCAACUUUUUCGCCGUUUAAUUUUAAGUUUAAUAAUUUGUGAGGUUAUGUAACAUUUGGAUUACUUUGAAUUCAGCGUCUUGUUAAAUUUUCUUUUACGUUUUAUAUUGAGGACGACUUAAUUAACGAUGAUAUAACGAUAAUAAUGAUAAAUCAAAAUUUUCUACUAAUUUUUUUUCUUGAUCAAUCGAUUUCAAAUGUCCGCAUAGAGAGAAAUCUAGAUGUGAUAAGUCACGUGAUCAUAAACGUCAUUUUAUUGUUCUUUUUAAAUAAAACCAUCUGCUAUUAAAACCAUCAUUAAAUCACGAUCUAUUUUUUCAAAGUUAUUCAUUCUCAUUCUUCUUCUUAAUCAUAUUAUUUUGGUACAGUCAUUGAAGCAGAACUAUGCUAGAUUGACGUUUAAAUCGAGAUCCUUCGAAGUAUGAAAGAAAAAAAUGAAAUUUGAUAGUCUUGUGGUUUUAAAUUUAGUUCUAUUGUAUUUUUUAUAUCUAAAUAAACUCGAUCAAGGUAAAA